AUGAAAUUCGAAGCGGACUUGUCGGUCGUGCGAGCGGCGAGAUUAUUGUUGAGAAGAAGAAGAACAGAUGAAGAAGAAAAAGAAGAAGAAAGAGGGACGGAUGAAAGUGGAGAUAUGUUUUCUGCGUUUUGUGUCGUCGAUGAUGAUGAUGGUGAUGCGUUUGAAGAGGAGGAGGACGGCGUUGAAGAUGAUGAUGAUGGAAAGAAGAAAAAGAAGAAGAAAACGAUGUGGACCGGGAGCGAAGACGGGACGAUCGUCCGGUGGCAAAGUGCGUCGUUUACGUCGUCGUCGGUAACAAGAACAACAUUUUUCUCCUCGCACAAGGAGACUGUAGUACAAAGCGGCGACGAACUUAAGUUUCAACCGACGCACGUCAUGCGCGGGCACGACGGCGCGGAAAUCGUAUCGAUGUUUCGUAGCGCUUCCUUUCGCGUGACGUCGAUAUCGAGAGACGGCAGCGUGUGCGUUUGGAACGGGAGAACUAUGCAAUGCGAGGAGAAGAGACACGUGGAUGAUUCGCAAUCGACGACGCGAAUAUUAGAUUGCGUUUUGUUGGAGAUGAAGGGGGGGUUGGAAGUUGUCGUGGUGGCGACGUUGGACGCGGGGGUGACGGCGUACGACGCAAAGACGAUGAAAAGGAUCUCGAAGGUUUGUAUCCACAGUGGCAGUAGCGGUGAUGAUAAAAACAGUGACGACGAUGCGCUGGUGGUGAAUUUAAAACUUGGUGCGCCAGAAGGCGUGCGAUGCGACGAGAUUUUAGCGACGUUUGACGACGGCGAUGUCAAAUUGAUCAACGUGAAAGAGGAAAUUGAAAAGCAACACCAACAACUCGCUAAGAAACAACUCGAAAAAGAGAAAGUUAUCACAGCAGCGGUAGCAGCGCCAUCGUCAACAGCAAUGGCAGAGACGACUGACGAGACGGACGGUGGAGAUGCAGAUACGAACCAAAACAACGCCGCGCAGACGAGAUUUGCCGAAUACGCCGGUUUAGGCGGAGGAAAAAGAAGGCGAUUUCAGAACAUGCCGCCGUCGACGAGUACGAAUGCGUCUGAAUAUGGUGCCCUGAGAAGUGGCGACAAUGCAGUGGUUUCCUCGCAAACAUAUUUAUUCAGAGAGAGAUGGAUGAUGAUGAAGAAGAAGAAUACGACGAUGACGGCGCAAUCUAAUCCCAAGAGUGGAGAUACUAUCAACGUCAGUAGGAGUAGUAGUACUAGUAGUAGCAGCGGUAGUAAACACGACGUAGGAUUUAGUUUAAUAGCGUUUGGACUCGCAAACGGUAUCGUCGAAGUACACUCGAUGGAUGAUGAUGAUGAUGAUGAUGAUGAUGAUGAUGAUGAUGAUGAGAAAGAGGCGUGCUCUAGUUCAAGCAACCAUCGUCACAAAGGUGCGGUUCGGUGUCUCGCUCAGGUGAAAAUUCCCUUUGUGAAGAAUAGCGAUGCGAUCGCCGACGAGUUGCUUCUUUUUGCGAGUGGCGGUGAUGACGGGACAAUGAAGCUUUGGAAGGUCGAGAAGAGAAAAGGUCAGCGAAGUCUUGAACUCGUCGCGCAGUCUCGGCAUCACAUCGCACCAAUAGUUGCAAUCUUACCGCUCGAGAGUAAUAAAGGUAGAGAACAAGAAGAAAAAAUAGUUCAGUUCAUGACGAUAUCAGAAAAUGGCGACGUUGGCAUUUUAGGAGUCGCCGCCGAAGAGGCAGGAUUAGCAUAUCACACCGAAGACGACGAUGAUAGUAAGAACAACAGGGGUAUUCCGUUUCGAAUCGCGGAGUGUAAAAUAUUCUCGCGAUUCGAACCGGACGAUGAUUUGUGCCCCUCGAAACUGACGCGAGGCGUUUGCGAAAUUAUCCUCGACGAGAAGAUGCAUUUGCUUCGAAUUUUAUACGUUUCAGGAAGUGUAAAGAUUUGGGAUACGCUCGGAGAUGAAGUUUUAGAGAGAGAAUUGUACAGUUCUUCGUCGAGCGUGGAAAUGUGGAAACAAUCGAGACCGUCGGGACCACCGGAGAUGAGGUUCGCCGGCGGAGGGAAAUUUUGGAGAGUGCGUGAAAGCGCGUCUUUAUCAAAAAUAGAAUCGCCAAACUUGAACAGCUGGUUUCGCGAAGACGUCGUGCCGCUAGCUUCGUCCAACGCGCCGUUUCUUAUGAGUCUCGCGAAUCUUGGGAAAAUAGUGGCGAAUAGUUUGUCGCAGCAAUCUUCAGAUGCUGCCACGUCUGCGUUAUCGGUCGCUUUUCGAGUAACUAACGGGCGGCAAAAACGAAACGUGAUUUUUUCGAAAGUUCGCGUUGGACGUAACAACGACGCAACGACGGUGGUACUUCUCGAUGACGAUAAAUGCGACGACGAAACAAGUUACGAUGAUUUCAUGGAAGCUACGAUUGCUCGAGUGGCGGUUGAGGCUGCGUCUUCUUCUUUCUCAUCCAAGAGGAAUUCUGCGAUUGAAUCUAUAGGGAUCCAAGAACUCACCGAGAUGCAAGCGAGACGACUAUUCUUCCGAUGCGUAUCUCUUUGGUCGAACGAAACGCCGUGCAUUCGAGCAGCGUCGAGAAGCAUCGCGAAAGCGGUUCUCCACAAAUCUGGUAUCUCCGAAGCGCUACGUUUACCGGCGCCGCCCGAAGCCGACGAGGACGAGCGAGACGAAGAAGAGAGAGGCGACUUGUUCGACAGAGCUGCUGCGAAAAAUGGCAAAUCAGAGGAGGAGGAAGAGGUUGCAUCGUUUUGGCGCGCGUUCUUCAUACGGAAAGAGGACGAAGCUAUCCUUUCGUCUUCGAGUGCGAAAAUACACAAAGGCGUGUUUGGUCUCUUCGUAUGCGCGGUUGGUUUACUCUCUUCGGACGAAAGCACGAGUGAUGCUCGAAUCGCAGACGCCUGGAAAGGCGCGGCUAUUGCGCAUCUCUUGAAGUUUGUCGCUCACGCGGGCGACAACGAUUCCACGCUCGCACACUCGUUGGCCUCGUGCAUUUUACGAAGCGGUAUUUACGGUGACGACGACGAAGACGACUGCAACGAGGACAAUUACGCCAGCGUAAACGGGUUCAACAACAAAGAUUGGUUUUCGUGCGUCCGAGAUCCGAAUCGCUGUCUCGAAGAUGCUUUUAAAUCGUCUUCCUUUGAAGUCUUGACGGCUUUGGCGUCCGCCUCGCCGGCGUUUUACGUAGCGCACGUGAUGAAACGCUUCCGCGAAAUUCCAGCCGAUUCGCCUUUACACGUGACAUCCAUCGAUGCUUUAACUGAAGCCGUUUUACAAUCUUCCGCGAAAAGAUGGACGUUUGAGCCACACGUCGUUUCUAUCGCAGAAAUGCUGUCGUUAUGCGUGAGCAGUAACAUCAGCGGCACGCUCUCCAACAGCGGAGGGGGCAUGCAAAUGGCGGAAAUUUCGUUAGCCGUGCAACUCUCGCCGACGCCCGCACAGGCGCCAACUACGCCUUCGAGUUUACGCAAGACGUGUAAACGCUCGGUUGUCUCGUUAGCGUUAAUGCUCGCUAAGCGUUGUCGAAAUGUUGCAUUCCACGAACCGACGAAACGCUUGGCCGUAGGUCUUCACGGCGCCGUUAAAGGCGGAUCGCUCCUCGCCGUCUACGAUUUAUCUGUUGGACAAAAAUGGCGCACGUUGGAGGACGACACCGUGGACAACGCGGCGGAAAAAUUCGCGAGCAGCGCGGCGAGCGGCGUCUCUGGCGUCGUCGAAGCGUUGGCUAAAGAAACCUUCGGAUUAGGCAUCGGAGAUUUACAGCGACAAAGUCCGGCGAAAUCAACAAACAACUUGAGAAGACACUCGCAACAAAAAUCGAGCGCGAGUUCCUCGAACGUCAUCUGCUCCACACUCGGUGCCGUCGCGUUCGACGAGGAGGGCCACCAGGUAGCCGCCUACCUCCACGAACGCUGUUUCGUGUACGUCUGGAACGUCAACCCGAGCUGGCGUCACGCCUUUGCGCGCGGCGUCGUUCCUCUCGGCACGUCCCAACGCAUGCCUUGCGUCCCGCUCGACGACUUGGAUACGACGAACACUGCUAAACAACAACAAGAACAAGAACAAGAACAAAAGCGAAUAAAAAACAAGAGCAUAGCUUUGCGAUGGAAAAGCAGCAACGAAUUGCGGUUGCAGCACGGUAGAUUGGACAUGGUCUAUCGAAUAGGUGCCGAUUAUUAG